AUAAUAAAUAUGGCGUAUGUAAAUUAAUAUAGUAAAUCGUACUUGGUUAUAUUUAACAAUAAAUACAGUAUAGACUGUGUAUUAAAUGUGUGCACAAGAAUUGAUGCGAUUGUGAAUUAUGUGAUUGAAUGCAUCGAUGAUGUGUUGAUUGAGCAAAGUUUUAUCUAAACUGAUAGUCGGAGUGCAUGUGUUGAGCAGUUGUCGUGUAUUUACGGUAUAAUAAAGCGAUUGCUCUGACCAUAGAAGGAGUGAAUGCACUCUCACUCUCACUCUCUAAUCAAUAAUUUAAUGUGUUUUAUAGCAUAAGUCAGUUGCGAGAGAGCGAGUGAGAGCUGUGACACACAUUUGAAGGAUUGCUCAAACAAUUCGUUGCGUUAUUCCUAUUGUCAUUUUAAACCUCAAAUGUUUGCGUUAUUUUAUCUUUCGGUUCAUUCAUUAUAAAUAAAUACAAUAAUUAGUGAAUAAUCUGCGAGAAUUAGCUGUGAAUAUAAAUAUUAUUAUGGAUUGAAUGGCAGACUAUUGAGAGACGGACUAUAAGUCAAUGAUCUCAUAGAGGAUGUGAACUACUCUAUGAGAGUCUGGAUUUGCCCUAAUAUACAGUAAUAAAGGCAUCGAUCAGAAAAUGGCGCUAUCUUUGCCCGGUUUACGCCCUAAACAACAGUUUAUAUACACUUUUCUGUUUACAAUUCUUCAGCUUCUAUGCAGAUGUUUAGUCCUAACCGAUAGAAAUAGAUAUUAUCACAUCUCAGCCCUAUGUAUGAGAGAACGUAUACAUCCAUUGCAUAAGAAAGUGGACGGCGCUGUCAUAACGAGCAAGUCUGAGGACAACCUCGACUGUACCAUCACUUUCCAAACCGAUACCAUUUUGCAGCGAUUUAUGCUUCGCUUUGAAAAGCUAGCGCUUGACUGCGACGACCACUUAUACAUCUAUGACGGCGCCCACGCUAUUGGCAAUCAUAAAGCCGAUUUGUCGUGCCGUAGCACUCGUACAGAAGUGGGCACAAUAUUCACCCAGGGCAGUUUUCUCACUCUCAAGUACAUCACCGAUCCCUACAGUAAAUCUGAGAAUGGAUUUCGACUUAUUAUCACUGCCUUCAAAGAAGCGCCGGUUCACUGUAGAGAUCACAAGUGCUUGAAUACGUUCUGCAUAUCGAGAGACCUGUCAUGCGAUGGUAUUAACCAUUGCGGAGACAAUAGCGAUGAGACGAGUCAUGCCUCGUGUACAGGUAUAUCAUCCAUCCGGAGGUAUUUGACGGCCAAAUCCUAGGACUAGAAGCGAAUACAUUUAUAGGGCUAAUAAUAACAGUGUUUAUAAUAUGUUCGGUUUGUGUGGUUUGUGUUGCCGUUUGUUUGUGUAAAAGAGACCGUUUAAUGCAAAGACAACAGCAGAGAAUAGCACUUCAUCCUCAGGGCUCACACCCAGCACUGGCUCAUCCACAGACAUAUUCAAGUUAGUCUUCAUAAGUUGGC